GUUUGCAGUUGUUGUUGGUUUGUUUUUGCAUUCUGUGAAAAAAAGUGUUAUCUCCCCCCUGUGUACGCUCGAUAGUUGCUUGCAAAAAACACAGGAAAUAUUCUACUUUCUGAGGAUAUACUGUUGUGUGUCGACAAUUUCCGUGGGAAAAGUGUAAAGUAUUGCAAACAAUUGGACGAAGCAAGCAAUUUGCCACUCAACCAAGCGAAAAAGGGAAAAUCAAAACCCACCCGCCUUUAAAAAAUCAAACAACAACAAUGUAAACCACCAGCUGGAGGGCGCCUAUCUCUCACUCUCUACGCAACGCAACGCAUCUUUGGUGCGUGGUUGCGCCCCUUGUUUGGGUGGUGCGGAGGUGGUGCGGACAAGCGACGACGCCGUCUCGGAGGUCAUCAUCGUGAUUGCCCUGCCAGGCGACUUUACCAUAGCAUAGCUUCUCUUCGUGGGUAAUUCCAACCGUCCAAGAAGAGAGCGACGAAGAGAGAGAGAGAGAGCGAGAGAAUAGUUGUGUAUUUGUGUCACCGUGUGAAUCAUUCCCGUGACGACGGCCGCACGGAGGGGAGGUCCACGGGGUUACACAUACACACGCCCACAGGCGGAGCAUUAUCGACAUCGGGUAUCGCGCCUAAUACCCUACCCCCUCCCCGGUUCAAGUGCGCUUCCCUUCCAGUAUGGAAAAACAGUCGGGCAGAGCGCACCACACGACGACGACGACGACGACAAAGAAAGAGCGCAAUUCAUCUGCUGCCGCCAUCAGUAAGGAAGGAGGCGUCACAAGCGCUGCUGGUGUGGACAGUCGCAGCAGCAGCAGCAGCAGCAAGUUGGAAAAGAACGUCGUACACCACCCCGACAGUACUUCCGGGGACCACUCUCCCGUCCAGCAACCCACAACACCAGUGGCCGCAUCCAGUGGUGGCGGUGCCGACACACCGGGUCCCAAGUCCGAGGACAGUCUGAGCAUCAAAUCGUCCGACUCGGUGACGACGAGCGGCGAGUACGAGAUCGUCCCCGAAGCGCCCUCCCCAGCGGAAGAGCUUGCGGACGGCAGUGGAGGUGCGCUGGCGGGUCACCGGCUGGGGCGGGACCCGAUACGCAGCACGGAAGCGAAUGGCUGCGGCCGCAGCGACGGUGGCGGUGACAUUGGUGCUGAUCUAGCUGAGUGCAUUGCGGACGACGGUGAGCAGGAGAAGCGCGGUGCUGGAGAAGGCGGGUGCAAGGAGGAGGCGGCGGGAGAAGGCGUGAGUAAGCGACCGGAAGGCAAAAAGCUGACCGCCAUCUCGCCGAUACUGAACAUCGAGGGUAGCGGCAACAUGAUGGAUCUGGAGAAGAACAUGAACGAGGUGAUACACGAGCUGGAGGAGGAGCGGACACUGAGCGGGGCGAGCGAUCCGAGCGCUUCCAAUAAAGCCACCCCAGUGGCCGUCCGGAGUCCCGAAAAGCACGGUUCAACGGCACAAGACGGCGGCACGAGCGCGUCGAAGAAGCCGCAAGUUCCCACCUCGCUGCGACUUGGGCUGCAAAGCUUGGGGGCCAACUUCGGCGGCGGUGGUUCUACCGACACGACGCCAAAUGCGCUGCUCUCCCCGGACGGGCUGAUCGGUCGCGGGGUAGGACAGUCCGUGUUCUACGACUGCCUGGAUAGUAGCCCGCUGACGGAGAAGAAGGACGACAUGAAACCGGUAGCAGGUGGCGGCGGUGGUGGUGGUGCUGCCGCCGGUGAAACCGAUGAAGAGCUGUCCGACAUCGAUCAGGACUGUACGAUAUUCAGCGGCGUCACGUAUCUCGGUGCGUCGCGCAUUAAUGCGCCUAAGUCGGAGCGCGAAAUACUGCAGAAAGUGACGGAAAUGAAUGCGGGCGGUGGAGGAGGAGCUGGUGCCGGUGUCGGUCCCGAACCGGGCAGUGGAUCCGACAGUCCGCUCGGGCUGAAAGUGUCCGUCAGCAUUCCGACCUGUUCCGAGGGGCUCGUAGUGUUGUACGACUGUGAGUCGAACGCGGUGGUGGCAACGUACGAGGUGCUGCGGAUACUGUUCUUUGCCCGCGGUCCGGUCGGUUCGCCCGAUCAGGCCUGCUUUGCCUUCACCUGGUCCCAUGGGGAAUCACAGGAAACGGCCGUCCAUCAGUGCCAUGUGUUUCGCUGCAACAUCCCGGAAGCGGUCACGCAAGUCAGCACCUGCUUCUCGAAAGCCUUCCAGCGCGUGCUGCCUCCGAGCAUACCGGCCAGCAUGACCACCUCCCUGGCAGAGAGUGGCGUCAACGUGAUGCUCUCCUCGGUCACGUCCGACACCGCGGGCAACCCGAUCCAGUCGGCCAUGUACGAGUUUGCGGUGUCGCUCGAAAUAAAGGAGAAGGAACGGAACAGCAGCUACGUGACGGUGCCGCGCGACGUCAAGUCCAGCUUCCGAUUGCGGUGCCGAACGGACAAGGAGGUGUGCAUUACGGUGCGGCAAGUGCCGUCCGACCGCUUUCCCUCCCUGCUGAUCGAACGGUGCUUCGGGGUGCUGCUGAGUCCGGGCCGAAUCGUGCGCCAGGCCGACAUGCAGCUGCUCGACAUGGUUAGCAUGGGGUACGUGAAGCCACCGGAAGGUAAUACACCCGCGAGCAGCGGCACAGGCAACAACGCCGCCAGCAGCAGCAGCAAUUGCGGUGGUGCUAACACGGCAAGUGGUACCAGCGGUGCGGCGAGCGGGGCAAACUUCUCCCAAUUUCCGUACCAAAUCAAGGCCGAAUGGAAGGCGAACGCGUUCGAGCCGCUCAACAUGGAGACGCCCAAAAAAGCGCUCACCGUCGCGGUGGAUCUAGUCAUCAAGGGUAUCCAGGAGCCGGUGCGGUUCGUGAUCGAGACGUGCGUCGCGAUCCUGUCCCAGAGCGAGCUGCGCAUCGUGCCGAACAUGUUCAGCAACAAGCGGCCGCUGCUGCUGCACUUCUACCUGACGCUGCGCGAAAACGGCGAGGGCACGUGGGAGGUGGAUUCGAUCGAUCAUUCGGACGAGAUCGUGGAGCCGCAGGCACCGUCCGCCGCGUCGUCGCUGUCGCUGAACUUUAACUUCAAAAACUGGACCUUCCGCAACUCGGCCAGCGUGCAGUCGAUGCAGGACUUUGACGACCCCAGCCCGACCGACUACAGCUCGGACGGGGACGAACCGCUGCUGAGCGGUACGGGCGAGGUGUCGAAGAACUGUUCCGCCGCCCAGCUGGACGAGUGGCAGGGCAUCAUCGUGGAGUGGUACCAGGAGGGGCCGGAAAAGCGGCCCAAAAAUCUGCCCGCCCUGGUGCGGAUGGGCAUUCCGGAGCCGCUGCGUGCCACAAUCUGGCAGCGGUUGGCGUGCGUGGAGAAUCGGACGGAAAUGUUCGACUCGUACCGGGUGCUGAUUACGAAGGAGACGAGCUGCGAGUCGGUUAUCCAGCGGGACAUCAAUCGGACGUUUCCGGCGCACAAGUUUUUCAAGGAAAAUGGCGGCACGGGCCAGGAGAAUCUGUACAAGGUGUCGAAGGCGUACGCGGUGUACGACACGGAGGUGGGCUACUGUCAGGGGUUGAGCUUCAUCGCGGCCAGUCUGCUGCUGCAUAUGCCCGAAGAGCAAGCGUUCUGUGUGCUGGUGGCCCUGAUGUACAACUACGGCCUGCGGGAUAUGUACAAGAUGGGCUUCGAAUCGCUCUACCUGCGGCUGUACCAGCUGAACCGCCUGAUGAAGGAUCAGCUGCCCGAUCUGUACGAACACUUUGCCCAGAUGGGCGUCGAGUCGCACAUGUUCGCGAGCCAGUGGUUCCUGACGCUGUUUACCGCCCGCUUUCCGCUGUACUUCGUAUUCUACAUCCUCGAUGUGUUUCUGCUCGACGGCAUACCGGUGCUGUUCCAGGUCGCCCUAACGCUGCUAAGCGUUUGCCGCAAGGAUCUGCUCGAGCUGGACUUUGAGGGCAUCCUGAAGUACUUCCGCGUGACGCUGCCGAAGAAGUGCCGCAGCGAAACGCAGGCCAAGAAGCUGAUGAAGCUUUCGUUCGAGUGUAAGGUGAAGAAGCUGAAAAAGUACGAGCUGGAGUAUCUGGCCAAGAAGGAGGAGACGGAGCGAAAGGAGCAGGAGCUGAAGCAGUACGAGCAGCGGUACGGCGAGGAGCGCACCAAGCUGCAGCAGGAAAUUGUGGCACUGAACGAAAAGAUUGAAGCGAUGGCACGGGAAGAUCGAAAGAAUGCGGGCAUUAUACAGGACUACAAGCGCAUCAUACAGCGACAGGAGGCGGAAAAUGGAAAGCUGCACACCAUGCUGGAUGAUUUGACGAAAACGAUUUCCACUUGCAGUAAAUGCACGGCAAGCAUACCACACUCGUCUCCGCUGCACAAGAGCUAUGGGAAAAACUUCCAUCAGGCGAAUACCGUCAACAACAAUAAUGAGCAGCAAACGCAUCCGCUUGCCACUGACCAGCCGGACGGUAGUAGUUCGGCUGGCACCGCGGGUAAAAAUGCGGCACCGUCCGCCGUUAUUGGUGGGCUUGGGCCGCUAGAUCCGCUGGUGAUUGCGUCGCAGCGAAUACGGGAGCUGGAGCUCGAGCUGGCCCAAACCAAGCUGGCACAGGUUGAGGCGGAGUGUAAGAAUCAGGAUCUUCAUCACCAGCUAAACACAACCGUUACCGAGCUGCAGGCGACACGCAGCAGCUGGCAACCGUGGCUGUCCAAGACGCUCAACUCGAUACAGGAGAAGGUGGCCACCAAGCGGGACGUUAAUGCACCCGCUCCCACGUUCCAGUCGUAUGCCACCACAGAUGCAAGCAUGAAAGGCAACUCAAACACUCUGCCACACGUACGGAACAACAACAACAAAACGCCCCUGGCACAACGGCACAGUGUAGCGCAGGUAAACUACUCCGGAUCGGACAGGACGGCCACCGAUGCGGACGGCAACGGGGAACCGGCGGUGCUAGCCCGGGCCAAGUACGACAGCAGCGUAAACAUACUGUACAAGGAUACACGGUGCAAUAGCUUGAAGUAGAUCGAAGGUGGCGCUGCUACUUGGUGCUGCGCGCAUGCUUUGUCCGCCAAUGGCGCCAAUGUUAUAGUCCAAUAUGCUUCGCACACGUGUGUUGCGAGGCGGCGCUGCUACGCCUAGUGUUUAAGAGAUGCUCGUUCGUAGCCGACACCGCUAUGUGUGUGUGAGUGUGUAGCUGUAUGGGAAAGCUAGAAGAGAAUCCCCCCCAUCGCGGUAAGAGCCAGCCAUCAUCAAUAUUCUUGUUGUUUUAGUGUAUUUUGUGGUUAGGAAGGAUCAGGGAAGAGGGUCAAACCGGUGCAAUCCUUCUUGCCAGCACAGAGAAGGAAACGUUUAUCGAAACGAAAGGCGACCCGCUUUCGAAUGAUGCUAGAAGAGCAGAAAGCAUCUUACAUACUACGGCUCGAUAUUACUGAUUCAGUUUCACAGUCAAACUACUUUAUACAAACACAUGACAAACCGGCCAUAGCGGUUCUCCCCACUAUCGUUGUUCUCACUUAUCUCUCCACGAAUUGUUCGAUUGAAAUAGCGGUACUAAUGAACUAUUUACCUUACUUUUUUGUGUUUAGCACCACCAGUGUUAAGAAACAUUCCUUGUGAUAGGGGUUCGAAAAAAAACUAUAUUCACGAACGCGUUACCAAAAUUACCUUUACAAGCCUGUGCGGCAUAUCUUUUUUUGCGUUUAAGGUACUAUUACUUCGAAAACGAAACCCGACCCAAAAGAGGAGGGUUAAAAUAUUAUUUAAAAUUGUUUUGGCAACAGUAACGAAUCGCGUCAAAGAAUAGAAUUUGAAUUAAUGGAUAGAAAGUUUGCUGAAUUGAUUACUCUGUACUAACUUUUCAAAGCGAAAUGUUGCCGUACUCUACAUUUUUAGUGUUAAAUUUCGAUACUUUACAUGUUCAUUUGAAUUUCCGUUUUGGUAAAACGAACCAAGCUUUUAAGUAUACGUUGUUUUCGUUUUAGUUGUGCUAGGGACGUAGCAACUACGAGGAAAAUUACCUUCUCACAGGAUGAUAUUUAGUGCUUAUGAGUGAUAGUUUGUCUUUGCGCUCGUGCUUGCAAGUGUUGCAGAAAUUCUAAUUGGAAUAGAUAUUCAUCUCAUGCAUCUCAUUUUAACUAGUUCUCGGUUGUAGUUUUUGCACAAGAGAGAGAGAAGGACGCAUAUCAUUGGUUAGCAGUGUGUUUUAGCCGAGCCACCAUUACCACCAAUUGUUAAUUGUUAGGGGUUUUUUCGUUUGAACAUUUUCCCGGGUCAGGUCUGGACAAAAACAAUCUCUCACAUUUUCCAAUCCAAUAUGACGCACGAACCACCUUUUCUCAACGGCGUAAGCAAAUUCCAGCUCCAGCCUAUCGUACGCGAAGAAAGAAGAAAUAGAGUAGCCCGAACAGGUGGUACAGCUUAAAAGCAGCCCGAUUUACACUGCAUCAGGAAAGGAGGAAAGGGAGAAAACGGCAAGCUUGUUCAGAACCGGCUAGUAGCGAAGGAACACGAUUAGGACGUAUAUGAUCCUCUGCGGUAGGCAAAAAGUAUAUUCACAUUCUCAACAUAUUUAUAAUUCCAAAUUAAAUAAAACCCCGCGGGAAAGCACCUGGUCAAA